AUGGACAGAUUGCUCGCACUGUUCGUCGUCGUCCUAGUUGCUGCCUGCUUUGCGCCGGCGCGGGCGGGCUGGAGCCAAGGAUCGGCCACGUUCUACGGCGGAGCCGACGCCUCUGGGACAAUGGGUGGCGCGUGUGGGUACGGGAACCUGUACGAGACGGGGCACGGGACGAGCACGGCGGCGCUGAGCUCGGUGCUGUUCAACGACGGCGCGUCGUGCGGGGAGUGCUACCAGAUCGCGUGCGACGCCUCCAAGUCCACGUCGUGCAAGCCGGGCGCCGGCGCGGUGACCAUCACGGCCACCAACGUCUGCCCGCCCAACUGGGCGCUCGCCAGCAACAACGGCGGCUGGUGCAACCCGCCGCGCGCCCACUUCGACAUGUCGCAGCCGGCAUGGCUCAACAUCGGCGUAUACAAGGCCGGCAUCAUCCCAAUCCUCUACCAGAAGGUGAGGUGUUCGAAGCAGGGAGGGAUCAGGUUCACCAUCGGGGGUUUCAACAACUUCGAGCUGGUGAUGAUCUCGAACGUGGGAGGUCCCGGGUCCAUCCAGUCGGUGUCGAUCAAGGGGGAGAAGACGGAGUGGAUCCAGCUGACCCGGAACUGGGGAGCCAACUGGCAGUGCAACGCGGCACUGGUCGGCCAGCCGCUCUCAUUCGCCGUCACCUCCACUAACGGCCAGACGAUCUACAUUAACGACAUCGUGCCGUCCUGGUGGAAGUUCACCAUGUCAUUCACCAGCAACCAACAGUUUACCUACUAG